GAAACGUUUAUAAGCUUAUAGUUAUAAAUAUUUAUUUAGCCAUUCAGCAGAUGGAAAUAUAUUAGUGCUUAAAAUGGCGAACCAUUGACGAUUAUGCAGUGAUCUGCAGGAAUUUAGAGGUCUAGCUAUAUAAUAAUAUAUACAUUACAUUUAAAUGUAAUAUCACCUCGGUGGAAGCGGACGUAAAAUACAACUAACUCAACAACAACAUUUACAUGUAGUAGAAGAACAGUUUUAGUCGUUUAUGAUCAUACUUAGAUGUUGUUAUCUGCAAACACGAAUGAAUACAUAAAAAAGAUUGACAUUGGUUUUAUUUACGUGAGUGUUGAUAUUCAAAAUGCGGGUUGAAAAAUCAAAGCUACUCCGUCAGAUCAGAAGAAUUGUUAAUAGAAAGUUUGGAGGUUGGAAGAAGUUUAUUUUGUUAACAGUAUGUGUUUGUGUUAUACUGUAUUGUAUCAACUCCUUAUUUUCAAGAUCAGGACGUCAGGUAUGGGAUGUAGGUGGGGAAGGUUUAAAUGUUACAGAUGAUCGAUGUGGAGUUAAAUGUAAUUCGGGACAGCAUUCAUUUUAUAUAAGAACAGGAGAUGGCAGUCUAGUUGGUCCAACAAUAUGUUUUGAAGGAGAUGUGAUAGUCAGUAAUGAAUUAAAAAACUUUGGUCGAGGGUUAAAUGUUGUGUUAAUCAAUGAUAGAACUUUAGAAGUAGCAGAUAUAAAGACAUUUGAUACAUAUGAGGAAGAAUCGUCUUUGAUAAGAUUCUUGAAGAAAUCAGUUCCAGAUAACUUUGUUGUAAUGAUGGCUAGCUUUGAUGAUGCUGCCUCUAGUUUAAAAGAAGAUAGUAUAAGAUGGUUAAAGUUAUAUGGGAGUACUAUUGUUGAUGAUCUUACACUGAGAGAUGGAUAUAUAAUGGUUGGACAGAAAGGUCUAGAGGAGGGUCAAGCAAUAGAAUUUAUUAAGAAAAAAUACAGGAAAGAAUUUGCAGAAGUAUUGGAGAUAGCUGGUUGUUUAGAAAUACCUUUGGGAUCUCAUCGUAAUCUACAACUGAUGUUACCAGAAGUUAUAAACCAGAAAGAUAUGGUUAUAGGAGAAGCUGUAGCAAACUGUGGUGUAGAAAAAAUAUGUGAACCAAAUAGUUUCCCUGUUAGAAUAGAUACUGGUUAUGCUGAUAAAAGACCUGUUGAAAUAUGUGUUAAUGGACACAUAAUGAUGGGAGAAAAUUUAAAUAAAGGUGGACGUGGUUUUAAUGUUAUUAUAGUAGAUCCAGUAGAUCUAAAACCAUCAAUAAUAAAUCAUGUAGAUACUUAUACAUUUGAUAGUACAGAUUUAGAAAUAUUCUUAGAAUCACUGGUGGAGGGAGAUAUUAUUAUAGCUGCUGUUUGUGAUGAUGGUUCCAGAAAAUUGAGUUAUGCUGUUAAGAAAUUAUUAAACAAGUUAGGAAGUGGACAUAUACAAAACCUUAGAUUCCGUGAUGUCUGGUAUUUUGUAGGACAAAAAGGAAUGAAUGGUUUUACAACUUUUGAGCAGAUUAGUUAUGCUGGUGUUGAAAGUGAAUGGCCAAAAGAAAUAAAAAAGGCAUUUUGUAUACCUAACAAAUUGAUAGGACGUCAGGUUAUACCUGAUCCAGAAGUUUAUCGUAAUGAUGAAAGAAGAGCAUUCUGUGUCAAAUAUGGUGGUUAUAGUGAAUUAUGUGAUCCUGCUCAUGUUGAUGAUUUAAUUAAACCAGUAAAAGUUAUAAAUAAACAAAUGGAGGCUAAUAAAGUAUAUGCUACACCUAUUAUUAUUAUACCAGGGCUGAAUCAUAAUGCAUUGGUUCGUACAUUACAAACUACUUUAAUGCAGCCCGGAAUUAACCCAGGGUUAGUUACAAUAAUUUGGGAUGAAAAAUUUCCUGAACAUGGUGAUCUGGCCCAACUAUUUGGCUUUAACAAUAGGAGUGUUUCAGGAAGUCUACACUAUUCGGAACAAGUCCUGAAAGCUUUAAAAUUGGCAAUAGAUCAACAUACAGAUGUGGAAUAUUUGAUAGUGUUAGAAGAAGAAUUGAUUUUAGCUCCAGAUUUUCUCAACUUUAUGGCUCAAUGUGUAGAAAUAUUGAAUGCAGAUGAAACUCUACUUGGUGUAUCUUCCUGGAACUUUAAUGGUUAUGAAGAUGUGUCUGGUAAUAAAGAGUUAGUGUAUAGAGUUCAAGAAUUUCCUGGUCUGGGUCUUUUUAUAAAAACUUCAGCACUACAAAGAUUAUUUCAGUAUGAUAAUAUCAAACAGUGCUGUAAUAAAAGAUCAUGGUAUGGUUGGAAUGUAAAUUCUUUAAUUGGUGGAGAAAUAUUAAUACCAGAUGUAUCUCGUGUUUUUCGUCAAGUUUACCAAGGAGCGGAUAAUUUAGAAGAUUAUAUACAAGCUUUAUUUAACAGACCAAGAUUAACUAAUCUAGAACAAGAGACAACUUUAGGUAAUAUGAAUAAUUUAGCAGAGAAGGUAUAUGAAGACAUAUUACAAGAUGAGUUAAAGAAAGCAACAGUAUUAACAACAAAUCAUAUAACACAGUGUUAUCAAAAGGGUUCAAUCAUUAAAGAAUUUAAUCAAACUGCACCUAGUAUUCCUAUUGUUGUAAGCUAUACUCAAGAAAACGAAAAUGAUCUCAGUAUCUUGCAAAAAUUAUGCAAAUGUUUUGGAUUGUUUUCAUCAACAAAUUCUAGACCAAAAAAUCUUCAUCAUGGGCUUGUCAGGUUUUAUUAUUUGCACAGAAACAUCUAUCUGGUGGGAUCAUCCACCAGAUAUUACUCGUAUAUAGAAGAUAAAUUGAAAAUACCAAGUCCUGUUAAUAAAGAUGAAUAUCUUAGACCUUGAUGUCAUUCAAUCCAAUUAUUUUAUCCUUUGUUUUAAAUCCUGUGAUAAAUGUGUCGUACAGAAAUGCACAAUGAUUAUAUAUAUAUAUAAACUUUACUGUAUGUUUAAAACUGCAAGAGUUCUGAGGGAGUGAUGUAAAACAGGCCUUUAACUUCAAACUUUUGCCAGUGGUUAAUUUUUGACUGGGAACUUAGUGUAAAAGAGUGUUAGUUAUUUUAACAAUUAUUAUAUCUGAUGAUAAUAUUAACUAGAACAACCUUCAUAUCACAUUAAACACUGUAAAUCUUCACCCACAUAACAUAGUUAAAAUUCUAAUCCAUCCACAAUCUAUAUCAUUUCAUCGGAAUUCAGUUCUCCAGUUCAAUGAAUAUUAUUUCUGUCUUUAAAUAGACAGGGUGAAUUUCUUUUAUUUGAUUGGGAUAUGUAUACAUUAUUUCAAUUAACAUAUUUAUAUUAUACAUGUAUUAAGUUAUAUUCAUUAAAAAUCAGAUUAAGAUACAGAUCUGAAUUUCAUGUGAAUGUAGAUCUGAAAAAUUCAAUGUAAUUUUAUUCAAAUGAAUUACGCCAAUGUAAUAUUUCAUGACUUACUAUAAUGAACCAACAAAAACACUUGUAGACAAGUUGUAGUAGCGAUGUGUUGUACGUUGGAUAGCUGGAUAAUAAGUACUUCUUUUAGCAUCAGUUACAUCACUGAUAUUCAUGUGACCUACAUAAAAUUCAUCCGGUACAACAAUAUGUAUAUCGUACGUCAGGUCAGGUCAGAUUUUAUUUAGGAGUAAACUCCUAAAUUGAAAUUUCAAAUCUUUUUAUGACCAUUUGGUUUGGUUUUAUACACAUCAGUGUAUCAGUAUUAGACACACUUGCCAAAGAGACAUUUUCGCUGGUCUGUAAAAAAUAUAAUUUGAUUCAUAGUGAUGUUACCAUACAGUUUCAAAAUGAAUGUAUGACACUUUGUAACCAAAGGCAGGUGGAGUGGGAGCCUGCUACUAUAGUUAACUCUGCAAAAUAGGUUGAACUGCAACGAUCUCAAAAUAGUGAUCAUCUGCAUGCCCGAAUGAACAAUUACACCAAGUUUUAGAUUACAUUUACCAGAUUUAAUAAAUUUGUAAUUUUCAAUUAAAAAAUUCUAAAUUUUGAUUGGGUUUCUUUUUAGAUGCAAAUGAACAAUUUUACUAAUAUUUUAAACUUCCAUCGAGAACCAGAUUUAAAUUUUAAAAAUCUGAUUACAAAAAUAUCUCUACAACCAUGGUGUGCACGUUUAUGUUUUCGUUCACAUCUGUACUUUGCUUUCGACUUCAGACUGGCCCAUCAGUUAUUUGGAAAUUUGUUGCUUUUUUCAUAGAAGCAAUGUGAACAGCUGACAGGUCUCACAUUCUUGUUUUUAAAUCUUGUUUUUUCCGGUAAACAGUAUUUUAUUCUCAGAAAAGGACGGAGGAACAAGCUAGUCUUAUAUACCAAUACCUCUCUCAUAAAUUCUUCUCUUAAGUGUGAACACUAAAAUACAGCAGUUUACUGUCUGAUAAUUAAGUACCGUAGUCUAAUUAGAUAUUUUUAUAUUGUUAUUUACAAACAAUAUUAACGAUGAUAUCAAUAUUUUAACAUGUAUCAUAAUUAAGCACAUUAUUAUUUAUUUGUGCAAUCUCGUUUUUAUGAUUUAUUUUUUGUGUGUGUAUUGUUGGUCUUAUUGUUUAAAUUUAUAUUACAAAAUAUAUACAAGCUGUAGACUUGAUUAGAUUUUUUAGACUACAAAUGUUAUUGCUGGUUUGAUCUGUUUGUAUGAAGACUUCUUGUGUAAAUAUGAUGGAAGAAAAAAUAGAAAUGCAAUAGAAAGACUCUGGGUGGGUGUGUGUGGGGGUGUGUGUGUGUGUGUGUAUUGUAUUAAUUUAAUGUUUAAUGUUGAUGCAUAUCUUAAGCAAGCAGGGUUUCAUUCAAGUAAAUUUGAUCUCUGAUGGAUAAGUAUUUUUUGAGUGCCCACUUAAUUUAAUCCUGAAUUUUAAAAUGUUUUUGUUUUGUAUAAGCUAGUGUACAUGAGAGAAUUUUAAAAAAAAUUCACACAGGUACAUGAAAGAAUAAAAUCUAAUAUUUUGAGAUUAUAGCUAUCUGUUAAAAUAAAAUUGAGCUCUUUAGAACAGAGUUCAUAAUGCUCUUCAUUAACAGGAAUACCAUAUAAAUUAAAACUUAUAGUUAUUUUUCUUGUUUUUCUGAUAGAUUAGAUCAUUAGAAGCAGUACUUUCACUUUUAAAUAUUGCCGGCUGAUUUACUUUUGGCGUAAUUUGUUUAUCUCGGAAGCACAAGAUUGUUGUCCUAAGCUCUAGAAUAUUAUGAUUUAUAGCAUUACCCCAUGUUUUAAAUACAUGUACCCUUAAAAACUAUAUUAAGCUGUAUGUAUUGUGUUUUAAAGUUACCGUAAAUUCUUUUAUUAUAUGUAAAUUGACUGAGAAGUAAGUUCUUCAGUCAGUCAAUUUCACUGUCCAACCUCGUGGGUUUUCUCCGGGUCCUCCGGUUUCCUCCCACUGCUAAAGACCCCUACGCGUAAGCGAGUUAUUGAAAGAAAAUUAAACCAUAUGUUAGUCCCGAAAUGACCUAGUUUGUGUCGAGUGGACGUUAAACCCCAUUUCUCUCAUUUCAGUCAAUUUCACUACCAGUCAGUUAAGACUGACGAAUGUGAAUGAAACAAGAGUCCUGAUUAGCAGCGAUUACAAGAUUUGACACAUUCUAAGUUUUGGGAGGUUAUUUCGCCAAGAAUUGUAUGAUGUAAUUCUUUAAAAUGAAAAAAUAUGAAAGAUGUUUUUAUGUUAAUGUACAAUUGACAUUAAAUUCAACACUACAUUAAGAGUUACCUAUUAAUUCUUAAAUGACUAAUUAUUCACAACAAAAAACACUAAGUAUAUAUGGAUAUAACUAGUAUAUCUCUGUUAAUUAAUAAUGACAUUCCGUAAAACAUACAAGUUAUGUUUUUCAAGUUAAUUGUGUUACAAGAAGACUUGCCCAUCUCUUGAAGUGGGCAUUAAAUGAUCCCUAUGUAAUUUAGUUGAUGAUUUGCAUACAAUCCCCAAUUUAGCUUGCUUACAAAUUAAUAAUUCUGUUAUAAUGUACAACUGUAUAUAAUUGCCUUAUAAUAAGUUAUUGGCUUUCCACGUAAAUUUAUUAAUGUUUCCAAUCAAAUUGUGUGAAAUAUGUAAUAAAAUAAAUCACUUAAUCAAAGAUGUUAACUCCAUAAUAAUAAAGUGUACAAUAUUGUUGUAUAAAAACUAAUUAAAUACUCUCAUAUUAUGGGUUUCAUUUUA